CGGGGUGACCUUUUAAUUUUUCCAGGAAGAUUUAACUUUCUUUAAACAUAGUGAUGUAUUGUAAAUAUGCGAUUUGCAAUUAGAAUUGGGUUUUAGCUUCUCCGAUCAAUUGUUGCUGAAAUUACUGAUGCAAAUGGCCUCAUUGCAGAGGUGUAUUUUUCUUAGUACUCUGUGCAGACGAAUUUUCGUGCCUCGAGCCGGGACAUUGAUGGCGCCAGGCAAUGCUUUUAUUCACUACACUCGCAAUAUUUUGGACAGCUGUAAAAUAGAAAUCAAAAUGCCUUCUUUAUCUCCCACUAUGACAGAAGGUACAAUUGUUAAAUGGUUGAAAAAAGAAGGGGAUUCAAUCUCCCCAGGUGACGUGCUGUGUGAAAUUCAAACCGAUAAAGCAAUAGUUGGCCUGGAAACUGAAGAAGAGGGUGUUUUGAUUAAAAUCUUAGUUCCUGAAGAUACAAAAAAUGUUCCACUCGGUGAGUUGAUCGCUAUUAUUGAAGGAGAAGGCAGUGCAGAUAAUACGGGAGUUUCUGAAGACAUUACACAUUCGUCACCGCAAGAGAUAGCUGUGAAAAAAGAACCAGCUUUGACAAACUCAUCUGUGGAUUCAUCUAAGCUCAUCGGACCUUCUGUAAGAAAGCUUCUUCAAGAUUAUGGUAUCAAGUAUUCAUUGAUUACAGGAUCUGGCCCACAUAACAUCCUGUUGAAAGGUGAUGUGCUGAAUUAUAUCAAGGAUAAAAAUAUAAAGCAAAAGUCGUUUGAAUCUGAAUUGCCAAAGACUCCAGAUGUGACGUUUAUAGAAAAGCAGCAGUAUGUUGACAUUCCUGUUACCUCAAUGAGAAAAACAAUUGCGCGACGACUCACUGAGUCGAAGACUAGUAUACCACAUGCAUAUGCAAGUGUUGACUGCAAAAUUGAUAAUAUAUUGAAAUUUCGGAAACAGUUGAAAGAUGAUGGCAUUAGUGUAUCAAUGAAUGACUUUGUGAUUAAAAGUGCAGCAUCAGCAUUAAGUCAAAUGCCAAGUGUUAAUGUAAUUAAUGUUAAUGAUACUCCAAAAUCUAUGCAGUCAGUAGAUAUUUCAAUUGCUGUUGCCACCGAAAGUGGAUUGAUAACACCUAUAGUUAAAGAUGCUGAUAAAUUAAAUCUUGAGGCCAUCUCGAGUCAAGUAAAAUCUUUAGCUGUGAAGGCUAGAGAAGGAAAGUUAAAGCCAGAAGAAUUUCAAGGAGGAUCCUUCACUAUUUCUAAUCUUGGAAUGUUUGGAAUUUCUGAAUUCAGUGCUGUUAUCAAUCCCCCACAAGGGGCAAUACUUGCAGUUGGAUCCUCAAAAAUUGUGUUUGAGGACUUUGAGCCAAGGCAAAAAAUUAGAGUAACUCUCUCGUAUGAUAGCAGAAUGAUUGAUGAAAGCGAAGCUGGAAAAUUUCUAAAUCGGUUCAGAAUUAAUAUGGAAAAUCCAACUAAUAUUUUAUUGUGAUCUAGAAACCAAUUAUAUAGAUUAUAAAUAAAUAUGUGCAAUAUCAUUUUCAAUCUGUAUUAUAAACAUGUGUAAUUUAUUGGGCUAAAAUACAAUCUUUGCGUAGAGAGUGUGUCCCACAUCUAGACUUAUGCUUGAAGCAUAUUAUAUUAUUUGGGAGGGAGAGAGUAAUAAUACUAUUUCUUUAUGUUGAUUGUUGUGUAUGUCGUAUGCUGGAAUUGGCGUUCUGGCUAUGCACCUGAAUUCCGGUAUUUUUUCUCAUGUUAACACCGGAACCAUCUCGGAAUAAAACUUUUACUGUUUUUAGUUUUAUUUAAAUUUUUUUGCAAUUCUGCCAAUCAAUAAUAGUAUUUAUCAUGCUGGCUAACUGGUUAAAAUAAAACUCGAAAUUUAUUUUUUGCAAUUAAAAUGUUUUAUUUGCCUUUUUUAAAAAAAAUUCUGGUGCCUAACUUUAUUUUGAAAUUUUGCGAUCUGUUUUCAUUCGUUAUUUGUGUGUUACUUUAUUUUUAUUGAAAUCAGAAACUGAAAAGUUUAAAAUGAAAUUAUGUGUUCUUUUAGAGUAUCAAAUGGCAAAAAGUGGCAUUAAAUCUACGAGCGGCAACUUUCAACAACCACUUUAAACCUAUUUUUUAAAAACUAAAAUGUUGUAUAGUAAAUUUGUGAUCUGUUUGGUAUCCUUCAGAGUCUUACUUUUUUUCCUAAAUGAAAUCGCUUUCAAGUGGGCCCAUAAAACAGAAGUAGAUGGAACAGUAGAGCUUCAUUAUAUUACAUGAAUUAGUGGACAUAUUUUGUAUCUGCUUUCUGUUAUAACCACGUCAAACUAAAAAAAUUUUAACAGUGUAACUUAAUCCUCACUACUAUAAUGCAGUACAAUGCUUAUAUGGGGCUGAAAUCACAUUUAAAAAGAGAAGGGAUGCUUCCCACCAAGUUUUAUGUAUGGAUACAAGACAUCAGUUUCGUGGAGGGAUUUUUUGUAUCCCUACAUUCCAUAACGUUUUGUUCAAAUAUCUCAUUCCCCCCCCCCCCCCCCCACAGAGUUCUUAACAAUUGUGCACUUUGAUUAAUUUUCUAUCAGUGAGAACCUCCAUCCCAGACUACUUUGACAGUGAGUAUCCUGCCAUUCCUGUUGUGAAUUUUAUUGAAAUUUAAGUCAGGUCACACGAGGUGCCAUGUUAGCCUAGUCCGAAAGUAGGGGCCUGGUUUGAACUCGCUGUAGUAUAAGUUUUUUUGAAGUGAGGGGGCGGCAGCCAAGCUGACAAGUAGUAUACCUCAAAACUCCAAUUCUUAAUUGGUAGCUAAUGGCUACUAAAAUCCCUCAAAAUAGUAGUCAAAUUUCAAAAAAUGGUAGCCAAACUAGAGUUCAAUAUUGCAAAAACUCUAGCUAAAGUGAGGUGAAAAAAUACCUUGGAAAUGGUUAACAAUACCUCCCCUCCUUUCUCUUACCCCAUAUUUGCCAAUGUUUGAAAAUGGUCGUAAGUAAAACUUUUCCGUGCGCACCAUUAUCUCAGCGUAUAAAAACUUGCUCAAAUUUAAUUAAAAACAGAUAGAAUUAAGAAUGUCAAAAUAUGAGUGCAAAAUGUUAAUUAGUUACAGUGGACCACACAACAUGGGAGAAAUAGUUGAGCAUAUUUUAAAAUUUUGUAAAUUUCAGGCCAUUAAAAAAACUAAAUGUAAGAGCUGUAUCUUAAAAUAAAAAAAAAAAAAAAAAAGUUGCAAACUUCAAAAUUUUCAUGAAUUAAUUCAUAAAAAUUAUAAAACAUUCUUUUAGCUGAUACUUAAAAACAUUUUUUUUUUUAUACAUGUCAUGCACAAUAUUAGCGUUUUGCUUUAACUCUGCAGCAAUCUUUUAGCAUCUGCUUUCGUUUUGCGAUAUUUCUAAUUAUUUCUUCAAUAGUAUCCAAUAUAUAGCAUAUUGAGCAAAAAUACAAAGGUAUUUUUUAGAAUAAAUAUGUUUUUAUGUGAUUGCAUCGCUCGGCAUCCGUACAAUGCAUAAUAUUAAGGCAGAAUGUAUUAUCCGCAAAUUUUAUGUUAAAAAAAAUUGUUUAGGCAAAUAAUCACAAUUUGGAUUAUAGACCAAAAGAAAUAAGCAUGGAAUGUAAAAUUUCUUUCUUUAUUUGUAUCUUAAAUUUCUAGGUUUUUACAUGAAAAAUUAUUAAGGAGGAUUGUCCCCUCUUCCAAAUUAUUCGAGGAGUGGUGUUUUGGAAAAAUCCAGCACUGUUUGAGAAUUGACAAUUAGGAAAAACAUCCCGAGCAAGUUUAGUAAAAAUUUUUGAAGGGCCCCUCCCAAAAUGCCCUCUCAUAGAAACUCAGUAUGGAGAUCAGAUAGCAUACCUUUUCCUGAAACAAAGAGCUUGGAAUGCAAAGGUAGAAUAUUUAGAAACAUUUGUAUGCACAAUGCUAUGUAGAACUAGUACUUCUUGAAAGAAAGAUAAUACGAAUUUUAAAUGCAUUGUUUUGGGAAAACAUAUGACGUGCUAGCAUCAGCAUUUUACCUGUGUCAGACACAAGAGGUCAUUAGUCACAUUUUGUGAACAAAAGUUUUGAUUCCACACCUAGAUUUCCAACCCUUAGCAAUAACU